AUGACUUCUGUAGUAUGGAAAUUUUUUACGGAGUGCCCUGAUAAUGUGUCUAAAGCACAAUGUUCUAUUUGCAACAUGAAAAUUUCUAGAGGUGGACGUAAUUCUCGAACUUUUACACCUCAAAACUUAAAGUUGCAUCUUAUGCUUGAGCAUAAAAAUGAGUUCAUGAAAGUUACAGCUAAUAAAAAGAAAAGAAAAGUGCUACCUAAAAGUUAUUCAGAAACUGGUUCAGAGGAAGAAGUAGAUUUAACUGUUGUACAAACAUCUAAAAUAUGUCAAGAAGUAUCCAAGCCAACUUCUUUGCAAAACAAAAUUCAACAAUCAAAAGUAUAUCAGCCCACAAUAAGUUCCAUGUUUGAAAGCAAAGCUCCAUUAGCAUAUAAUAGCUCAAGAGCCUUACAUAUAACUGAUUUGAUUGCCAAAAUUAUACCUAAAGAUCAGUUGCCUUUUUUAUCAGACAACUCAAACAACAAUUUUAUCAGAGAGAAUAUAUUAUUAGAAAUCAUUCCUUUUAAACCCAUGUAUCACCUGGGUGAAGAUAUUUAUACAUUUAUUAUUGAAACAUUGAAAAAGUGGGGAAUUAAAGAAAAACAAAUCCAUGUAAUAACUGAUGUGUUAUGGAAACAAAAAGAUCAUGAAGAAUUAUUAAAAAAAGUUAGACAAAUAGUUGGCCAUUUUAAGCAUAGCAUUUCAGCUAACAAAUUACUCAAUAGUUAUCAAAAACUAGAAAAACUACAUGAACGAAAAUGUAUUCAAGAUGUAACAACCCGCUGGAACAAAACCUCAUCACUGUCUGAAGCCAUACCAGUUUUAAGAAGCGUCAGUACAUAUUUGGAAAAAGAAGUCAGCAAAUCUAACAAAAGUAGAAUUGCUGAAAAACUACUGUCUAAAAUGAAUGAAAGGUUUAAUGAAUAUGAACCAAAUAAAUUGCUUUUACUCAAUUUGAUCACAUAUGGAUGGAAAAAGAAUUAG